AUAUUAUCAUAGGAUAGGUUAUGAUGUCAUCUAUGUAUCCCUACGAUACUGCGUAGUGCUCGCCGGCGAUGACAAUUGAUAAUAACACGAGUGUUCGUUUAACGGCUAGUACACCGGCACGGAGAAACGAUAAAGGACGGGACUCAUCGUCGAGUUAUGCGAGGCGUCUAUACUGUGCUUUCGACGGUGUAAGCAACGACGACCAGGCCGGGGACGUUGGCAAGAUCUUGGAAUCUUGACGUUGACAGCAGUUUCGUUCUAGUUGCCCUAAUGCCGAACUUCGUACCUGAAGCUUCCUUCAUCGAUCCCUCAAGCAUGAGUGUUCUAGCGUGGAACGGCAUCAUGCUGCGACCAAAUGUCAGAAGCCCAGAAAUUGACGAAGAACACCAAAGAAUGGGCAAGCUAGAGAAGCUAGAUUGGACUUAUACAAUGAGAAGAGAUAUGCAGGAGGUGAUACCUGGUUUAUUUCUUGGUCCGUAUAGUGCUGCCAGUCGCUCUAAAUUGCAGACUUUAAAGGAUCAUGGAAUAACACAUAUAGUUUGUGUGAGACACGCUCUUGAGAUUAACUUUAUAAGGCCAAACUUUCCCUCAGACUUCAAAUACCUAGUCUUGGAGAUCGCCAAUACAUUUGUGGAAAAUAUCAUGCAACAUUUCAAAGCAUCAACUUCAUUUAUUGAUGAUGCUUUGGCUUCGGAUGGACGAGUCCUGGUUCAUGGAAGCAGUGGCACUUCGAGAUCCGCCACAUUAGUCUUGGCAUACAUUAUGGAAACUUACAACGUUUCACUAGGUAGUGCCUACACGGCACUGCAGGAAAGAAGAUUCUGCAUAAAUCCAAACAGAGCUUUUUUGAAGCAACUAGAAGAAUAUGAACCCAUCUACAAGGCGGAGAAAGCGUUGCAAAAUGAACCAAAUUCAAAAAAUCGAAGCAACAAGCGAACAAUCCAACAGAUUGAAAAUGACAAUGUUACAAAAAGUGAUUAAAAACAUGAUGGAAUGUUAAUGAAAAUUGAGGAAAAAUAGGAAGAAGAUUAAAGCUAUCAAGAUUCGUAUUAGACAAAUGAAAA